AUGUCCGCAGGGGACACCGUCAGCUCGUCGAGCUCCUCGGCGGCCAGCUUUUCGCUGCUUGGUGGCCUGCACACAGAGCAGGAGGCCGCGGCGGCAUUGGCGCGGUCCGCCGUGGACCUGCUGCCCGAGCUCAAUGGUGCCGAUCUGGCGAUGUCCCUGAGUCCCAAACAUCAGCAUCAGCCUCAUACGACACCAUUUUCCGUAACGGAUAUACUAUCCCCGAUCGAAGAAUCAUACAGGAAACUCGAAUUGGGUGCUGCUCCUCAAUCACCGUAUAGGAGUAGCGGUGGAGGAUCGGCGGGAGGUUCAGGCACGACUUUAGCUGCAAUGUCUGCUCAUUCUCCCACUAUGAAUCCUUACAUGCAGUUAGGACAUCAAUUUCCCACGCAAUACUGUAACGGAUCAGAACUUACUUCUCAUUAUACAGACAUGAGAAGCAGUGCUGGCUGGUAUGGAAGUACGGCAAACGAUCCCAGAUUUGCAAUUUCUCGCCUUAUGGGAUCAUCGGCCACAGCAUCAAUGAAUAUGAACAUGGGUAAUAUGAGUGCGUUAUCAACAUGUGGGGUAGGAGGAGAUGCCAAACCCAUGCAAUUUCCACUAACGCAAAGAAGAAAACGAAGAGUUUUGUUUACACAAGCUCAGGUUUAUGAAUUGGAAAGAAGGUUCAAACAACAAAAAUACCUUUCGGCUCCAGAACGAGAGCAUCUUGCUAGUUUAAUUCAUCUUACGCCGACGCAGGUAAAAAUUUGGUUUCAAAAUCAUCGUUAUAAAUGUAAAAGACAAGCAAAAGAAAAAGCAAUGGCUGAACAAAGCGCCGCUCAAAAUCAGUCUCAAAGCUCACCGCGAAGAGUAGCAGUACCUGUUUUGGUUAAAGAUGGAAAACCGUGUUCCGGAACGAAUGACGGAAACCCUUUAACCGCCCAAGGUGGACGAUUAGUAACCAAUAACCUUUCUCCUCAGGGAGGAGGCGGAGGAAAUCAUUGCGGGCACAGUCCGGUGGGGCCACCGAUGAAUCCUCAACAAGGAGGACCACCGGGUCAUCCGCAACAAACUCAUCCAAAUCACCAACAACAACAACAGCAACAACAACUCCAACAACAGCAAGGCUCUUGUAGUACCACGGCAACCAUUCUUACCAAUAUGGCUUAUCAAAGGCAAAUGACUGUCCAACAGCAUCAUCAUCAUCAUCAGCCAACUCCUCCUAAUAUUUGUUCUUCGUAUCUUCCGCUCCAGGGUCGAGCUUGGUAA